AAAAUAUAGACCUAAAUUACUGAAGGAAAGAGGCAGACAGCGCAAGGAAAAGGGCGGCUGUCAGGAAGAAGAAGAAGAAGAAGCAAGGUCAUCAUGGAGAUUAAGGAAGGAGGUAAUGGUGCCUUAGUUCUUCUCAAGCAAGGUGCUGAAGCUAGGGUUUUUGAGUCUAAUUUCGUUGGAAGGAGAUCUGUUGUUAAGGAACGUUUCUCUAAGAAGUACAGACACCCUUCUUUGGAUUCAAAACUCACUAGUAAACGUCUGAAUGCGGAAGCUAGAUGCACAACGAAAGCUAGACGACUUGGGGUGCCUACACCUGCUCUUUAUGCUGUUGAUCCUGUGCUGCACACAUUGACAUUUGAAUUUGUAGAGGGCCCAUCUGUGAAAGAUGUGUUCUUGAACUUUGGAUUAAAUGGUGUUGUUGAUGAAGAAAGAAUGGAUGAUAUUGCCAUUCAGAUUGGUGUUGCAAUUGCCAAGCUUCAUGAUGGUGGUUUGAUUCAUGGUGAUUUGACCACAUCAAACAUGUUGAUUCGCCUUGACACUAAUCAAUUGGUUCUCAUUGACUUCGGUUUGAGCUUCACCUCCACACUUCCGGAAGAUAAAGCUGUCGACUUAUAUGUCCUUGAACGAGCUUUACUCUCUAUGCAUUCUUCAUGUGGAAAUGUGAUGGAUAAAAUACUAAGUGCAUAUAGGAAGGCAUCAAAGCAAUGGUCGUCUACAGUUAACAAGCUUGCUCAAGUCCGACAACGAGGUAGGAAACGUACCAUGAUUGGUUGAGGGUUCUUCAACAUCGCGAAGGUUACUCUCCUUACAAGAUUGUUUUACUCAUGAUGGAAAUCCAUGUGCUUUCUACAUUGCAUUUAAGUUAAUUGUCUACUUAAAUUUUAGGCCUUAAUGUAACAUACCAUAUUGCUCCAAUUUGAAAACACUUUUUUUGCUUCUGAAUCUGGAUUCGAGAUUGAUUGGUAAAACCGUCAAAAAAAAUCAUGUCUGUGUCAUAGUAAGUUCAUAAGCAUUUAAUUUUUAAAUGUGAUAUCAUUUGGAUUUAAGCAUGUAUGUGAACUUGAUUGAAGUUAUUAUUCUUGUUGUAAUGCUAUUAGAAUCUAAGUAUUGA